AUGUAUUAUUCUUUAGCGGGUAUACUUUUUAUAAUACUUGGGGUUUACUUCGCACUUCUUGUUAAUUUUGUAACUAGAGUGUUUUGAGUUUGGGUUGCGAUAGAUUUAAGCACUAUUUUCUUGGUUCCAUUUUUAUGCUGUGGAAUGUCCUUGACUGGGAUGUACCAGUGGUAUAAAGGAUCUGCUACAUAUUUUGUAGUUCAAUUUAUAGGCAGCGCAAGAGUUCUUUAUUCCGGUCUUUUGCUGUGGGAACCCUCUUUUGGAGGUAUGGGGUUAAUGUUUUUGGCUACGGGAUUUAUUUUAAAGCUAGGCCUUUUUCCGCUUCAUUUUUGAGUGCCUCGAGCGUUUGUAAAUUUUCAUUAUCCUGGAAUUUAUUUAACAGGGGUAAUUCAGAAAUUUAUUCUUAUUUUAGCUAUACCUUUUGCUGAGGCUGACAUAGCCGAGCACGUAAACGAACUGAUAGUACUUAGAGCGGUUGCAAGAGUUCUUUACGGGCCUAUCGCAAUAUUUAAUUGUACUAAUAUUAAAACUUUUUUAUCCUAUUCUUCUGUUAAUAACACAGGUUUACUGGUAAUUUGUUUGAGGGUUAGCAAAAGCGUGUUUAUGUUUUAUGCUGUCUGUUACUCUAUAAGAAUAUUAUUUUUAGUGCUAAUUCUAAGGUUCUGUAUGUCAGAUACUAUUAAGCAAAUAGGAGCUACCCUACCAAAUUUUUAUUUUUCAGGGUUUUUAUUUAUAAGGCUAAGCUUUGCUGGUUUUCCUCCUCUUACUGAUUUUUGUGCUAAGUUUGUAGUAGUCGCAAGCUGUGCUGAAUAUCUCAUAUGGUUUUGUGUUAUAGCAGUUUUGGCUAGAAGGGUGAUUAACUUGUUAGUUUGGAUUUGGUUUAGUGUAAUAAUUAUUCGAGCUAUGCCCGUUGAAGACAGUUUUGAGCCUACCUUUGAAGAUCUUAUUACUAAUUUUGGGUGCAUUUUAUGAAAUGUCGCAGGAGGGAUAGUACUAAUGCUGUUUUAUUAG